AUGGCGGAGUCGGAGAAGGAGGCCGCCGCGGCCACUGCCGCCGCCGCCGAGCCUGGGUCCGGCCCGCCGCACGAGGACGAGGAUGCGCUGCUCGCCCGCGCCCACACCGUCGUCUCCAGGAUCCUCGACCGCGAGCUGGACCCCAACCCCCGCCUCCUCCACACCCCUCGCCACCAUGUGCGAGCUCCACGAAGCCAGCUGACCCAACGUUCAAUAACACAAACACAAGGAGCACAUCUACAAUUGGGAAGCUGGCCAAUUUGUUCGGGUGUGAAAAAUAAACCCACAGAUGCUGAGAUGCUGAGAACAUAUGCGAUCGGGUUGCUCGCUAUGGUUGCCAGCAGCGGUGGGCAAUUGGUAGAGGAUGUCUUGACUUUGGGUGUAUCAGCAAAGCUCUGGCGCUUUUUAAGCGAUAAGAGUCCUUUUUUGGGGAUGCCUCAUCUUCUCAGAGAGAUGCUAAUCAUCCACAAGACACCAAGUAUCCUCGAGGCAGAGAUUUAUAGUAGGGGUAAAUCACGCCUGGCCCAAGAUGGUUCUCGAUUGGAUGGAACAAGUGGUUGUGACACAAAGUCAAAAUAUGGGGAAAAGAAUUCUGUGCCGAGGCUUCUUAAAGAUGAAGAGAUCAGUGAAAAUGGCGAACUGUUGAAAAGAAAGCUGGGUCGAGCCCCCUCCCGACUUAGAGUGAAGGGAAAAGCAGGAGACAGCUUGCCUGAGUGUGAAAUGACACCUUUAUCACCAACCUCUGGAUUGAGAAUAGGAGGUCGGUCUACUAGAGACAGGAAUGUGGUGAGGGUUGAUGACCCAAAGAAGGCAACUGAUGUGAACAAUAGAUCUGCAAGCCUCGAGUCGUUUAGCGCUAUUUCCAAAGAAGAAUACGAAGAUCGGUUCAGGGAUUGCAUUAUUGGCUUGAAGGAUAUAUCUGACAUUGUUUUUGAAGGCAAAGUGCAAACUGUUGGUGAACAGCGUGCAGUGGAAGAAGCUGUCCAAACCAGUGAAGACCAGGAUUUGGAAAAUUUUGUUAUCAGUGACAAAGCACAGCUCUUACAACUUAGAGAAAAAUAUAGCAUCCAGUGUCUACAGAUUUUGGGAGAGAGCAUGAAAGACCAGGAGGGACGUGACCACUUUGCUCAACUCCCUGAUGUCCUUAAAUUAAUUUGUGCACUGGCUGCCCAUCGAAAAUUUGCUGCACUCUUUGUUGAUCGUGGUGGUAUUCAGAAGAUCCUCUCUAUUCCUAGAAUUACCCCGACAUAUAUGGGUCUUUCUGCCUGCUUAUUCACUUUCGGGUCUCUUCAGUCUACCAUGGAACGUGUUUGUGCACUUUCCUCUGACACACUUGACAGUGUUGUUGAAUUAGCACUUCAACUUCUUGAGUGCCCACAAGAUUUAGCUAGAAAAAAUGUGGCCAUCUUUUUCGCUGCUGCUUUUGUGUUCAAAGCUGUUCUGGAUCUAUUUGAUGCCCGGGAUGGGAUGCAAAAGCUUCGAUAUCCUAUGUGGAUGCGAUCUGGAAGAGCUCAUCUCCUUCAGCUUGUUGAUUCCAUUCGGCCAAGCAAAAGCAUCCGUAGCAUUGCACGGAACACUUCUAGUGCAAGAGCUGGCUACAAACCUUUUGACAUUAGCAAUGAAGCUAUGGAUGCUGUCUUUCGUCAGAUCCAGCGGGACAGAAAGUUAGGCCUUGCUCUUGUGAGAGCUCGUUGGCCUGUGUUGGAUAAAUUUGUUGCCUCAAAUGGUCACAUGACUAUGCUCGAGCUGUGUAAGUUUCAGGCACAUGGUGAUCGGUAUUUGCGUGACUUAACUCAAUAUGCAAUUGGAGUUCUUCACAUCAUAACACUUAUGCCACAGCCACAUGUCCGCAAAUCAAUAGUGCAGGGAACAUUAAGUAACAAUCGUGCUGGUAUGGCUGUCUUAUUAGACACGGUGAAAAGUCUCGACUAUAUUGAUCAUGAGGUGAUCUGUCCAGCACUGAAUGUCCUCGUCAAUCUUGUAUGCCCACCUCCUUCUAUCAGCAACAAACCAUUGUCGACUGCCAAUCAGCAACCUGCAGCUGCUCAAGCGCUUGCUUCAGAAAGCAGAGAUAAGAACUUUGAAAAAAGUAUUUUAGAUAGGAAUCUACUUGCAAAUCAGGGCGAAUCUCGUGAAAGAUCUGGUGAUGGCAACCCUGCUGAAAGGAACAAUACCUUGCAUCAAGGAACUAGCACACCUGUUGUGCCAUCUGGAGUAGUUGGUGAUCGAAGAAUAACGUUAGGAGUUGGAGGUGGUGGUCCUGGUCUUGCUGCUCAAUUGGAACAAGGAUACCGUCAAGCUCGAGAAGUUGUAAGAGCCAAUAAUGGCAUAAAAAUUCUUUUACAGCUUCUUGGUUCUCGGAUGGUUACACAUCCUGUGGCUAUAGAUUCUAUUCGAGCCCUUGCCUGCCGUGUCCUGCUUGGCCUGGCUAGAGACGAUACAAUUGCACAUAUACUGACAAAGCUCCAGGUAUUGACAAAUUCUGGAAAAGAAACAACAUUAGCGGCAACUGAUGCUGCUGCUCCAGCAUUGAGGCGCAUUGAGCGAGCUGGGAUAGCUGCUGCUACUCCUAUCUCCUACCACUCGAGGUUUGAUUUCUCAGCGGUGCUUCCUGCCCAUCAAGUUGCUGCCCUGGAAGCAUCAUCUGUUCAGCAACAGUGGCCCUCUGGACGUGUUCAGGGAUUUCUCUCAGAUAAAAUAAACAUGUCGACAGAUCAAUCUUCCCAGAAAACAGAUUCUAUCCUGCCUUCAUCUAAGAAAAAGGCACUGACCUUCUCAUCCAGUUUCUCACGAAGAGCUCUGUCUCCGCAUCCUAUUUCUGGUAGCAGAGCAAGCAACAUCCUUAAAAGUCCUGUACCUAUUGCGGCUGAUACUGGAGAUGCAGAAAUGUUGAAUAAAAUACCACUGUCGCUGCCACUUAAGAGGAAGCUUGUGGAUGUGAAGGAUAAUAAUUCUACAUCGGCAUCGAAGCGCCUCGCAACAACUGAUCAAAUGUACCAACCCUCUGCAUUCCAAACUCCUGCUCCUACUCGCAAAGGUCUGUCGGUAACAGUAGAUUCUCCUACUUCAUUUCAUUGUGGUCGGACAAACUUCAACAAUGUUUCUACUGACAACUUGGACAAUUCUCAAGGCACACCAGGAGCGUUGACCACUACAGCACUUCCUGGUGUGAAUGAUCAACAAUCAGGAAAUUUGGAGCGUAUGACACUUGACUCACUGAUUGUACAAUACUUGAAACAUCAACACCGCCAGUGUCCUGCUCCAGUUACAACUUUGCCACCACUUUCUCUUUUGCACCCUCAUGUUUGCCCUGAGCCUAGUCGCAGCCUUAGUGCACCUGCAAACAUAGCUGCUCAGAUGGGAAGCCGUGAGAUAAGUAGGCAAUUUAGUGGGAUACAGAUACCUCGAGGGGAUCGUCAUUUUAUAUACAGUAGGUUCAAGCAGUGUCGUGUUUGCCGUGAUGAGGCAUCACUGUUGACCUGCAUGACAUUUCUUGGAGAUGCAUCUCGAGUUGCGGCUGGGCCUUUGCACACAUUUGAUGACUGCAAAGCUGCUAGGUUUAACCACUCCGGAACUUCAUUUGCUGCCCUUUCUACUGAUACAGCUCAACGGGAGGUUCAGUUGUAUGAUGUACAGACAUAUACUCUUGCUACGCGGCUUCCUGAUAACACUAGCAGUUCAGGUUCAGGCCGGGGUUACAUCCAACCUAUUAUACAUUUCAGUCCUUCAGACACAAUGUUGCUUUGGAAUGGAGUCCUGUGGGAUACAAGGCAACCAAAUCCUGUUCAUCAGUUUGACCAGUUCACAGAUUACUGUGGUGGUGGAUUCCAUCCAGCAGGAAAUGAGGCGAUCUUAAAUUCGGAGGUGUGGGAUCUGAGGAAGUUUAAGCUUUUGAGGAGUGUCCCUUCCCUGGACCAGACAGUAAUAAAGUUUAAUGGAACUGGUGAUGUUAUCUAUGCCAUCCUGAGGCGUAAUCUUGAGGACGUGACAGCAUCCAUCAAUGCUCGUAGGGUCAGGCAACCUCUUUUCCCUGCAUUCCGCACAAUUGAUGCGGUGACUUACUCAGAUAUUGCAACCGUCCAAAUCGACCGCUGUGUACUCGAUCUUGCCACUGAGCCCAAUGAUUCUCUUAUUGGGGUGGUUGCUAUGGACGAUCACCAGGAGCUUUUCUCUUCUGCUCGCUUGUUCGAAGUUGGCAGGAAGCGGAUAACUGAUGAUGAUUCAGAUCCAGAGGACGCAGGUGAUUCCGAUGAUGAGGAUGAUGAUGACAAUGAUGACUCCGACGAUGAUGUUCUCCUUGCGCCAGUGCUGGAAGGGGAUACAGAUUCUGAAGAGUUAAGCAGCAGCAGCGAUGAUGGUGAUGAAGAUGGUGGCGACGAUAUCCCCAGUUCGGAUGACAUUGAAGAUGACCCAGAGUUCAUUGAUGAUGGCGGCGACUUUGAAGGGGGAGGGGGCUUGAUGGAUAAUUUGGGUGACGACGAAGGGGAGGACGACGAGAGUGAUAUGAUGGAAUCCUUUAGCAGUGGCGACGAGGAGGGUUGGAUCAUGUAG